UAUACGUUUUAAGAUUCAGGAAAAUGAAUCGAACUAGAGAAUAUUGAUACAACGUGCGUUCGAGUUCGAUUAAACAUGGGAAUCCACAACAUAAAGCAAUUUUGUUUAUUUAGUUACGCUAUGUGAAAAUCAAAUACGUAUUCUCAAAUGUGUAGGUUGACUGUUUUGUGCAUCCUUUUUGGUUCUAGUUGAUAAGGUAGAGAUAUAGGCCCCAUAAAUUCAGGGUAGGGUAUACCAACUUUAUACACAUACUUCUAUAAUACUAAAUAUAUACACUAACAUAUACGUAUAAGUUUCGUAGGGAGAAGAAUAAUCACAUCACAUCACAUCCUUUAUCUUUGGCCCUAUAUAAAGAGAGAUAAACCAUGACAAUCAUAACAAAUCAUUCAACUGAAACAAACCUCACCAUAUCUCUGUUGCUACUACUCUCAAAUAUAAUCAAAUCAGAGAAAAAGGGAGAUUGUUGAUCUUAAGUUAGUAGCGGGAUGGAGGAAGUAAAGAAUACGGGUUGUAUGGCGAAGGCAAGGCCAUUCAUUUCAAUGGUAUUGUUGCAAGUAGGACUAGCAGGAAUGGACAUUCUCUCAAAAGCUGUCUUAAACAAAGGCAUGAGCAAUUACGUCCUUGUUGUUUACCGUCAUGCCGUUGCUACCGUGGUUAUGGCCCCGUUUGCCUUAUAUUUCGACAAGAAGGUGAGACCUAAGAUGACGUUAAUGAUAUUCUUCAAGAUCACACUUCUUGGUUUACUUGAGCCAGUGAUUGAUCAAAACUUAUACUACCUGGGAAUGAAAUAUACAACGGCUACAUUUGCAACCGCCAUGUAUAAUGUCCUACCUGCAAUCACGUUCGUCCUUGCCUAUAUUUUCGGCCUUGAAAGAGUGAAACUAAGGUGCAUCAGGAGCGCCGGUAAGGUGAUUGGAACAUUGGCUACAGUUGGAGGAGCCAUGAUCAUGACUCUUGUAAAAGGUCCAGUUCUCGACCUUUUCUGGACUAAAGGAGUCUCCACACAAAACACAGAUGGAACCGAUAUUAAUAGUGCUAUCAAAGGCGCAGUUUUGGUCACAAUUGGUUGUUUCAGCUAUGCAUGUUUCAUGAUUCUCCAAGCUGUCACGUUGAGGACUUAUCCAGCUGAACUCUCACUCACAGCAUGGAUAUGUUUGAUGGGAACAAUAGAAGGAACUGCCGUGGCAUUAGUGAUGGAGAAAGGAAACCCUGGCGCGUGGGCCAUUGGUUGGGACACUAAACUUCUAACAUCUACCUACAGUGGUAUAGUGUGCUCGGCAAUUGCUUACUAUGUUGGAGGAAUGGUGAUGAAAACCAGAGGCCCUGUGUUUGUAACAGCUUUUAGUCCUCUUUGCAUGAUCAUAGUAGCGAUUAUGUCAACUGUCAUCUUUGCUGAGCAGAUGUACCUAGGAAGGGUUCUUGGUGCGGUGGUUAUAUGUGCAGGACUUUACCUUGUGAUAUGGGGCAAAGGAAAAGAUUAUGAAUUUUCUUCCAUGCCGCAGCCAAAUGAUGAAUCAACACAACCAAAGUUGGAACUAAGCAGAAACGGGAAAGGUAGUGUUAAUCAUGAAGUCAGUACUAUCAACAAUCAAGGAGAACAUUUCUAGAAACAGUCUAAUUGUAAUACAAUGUGGGCACAAUAUGUCUUGCGUGGAGGAGACGGGACGUAUACCACUUUCAUAUGUUGUUCACUAUGUUUCAGAGCAACUGGAGGAUAGAACUGCUAACUAUCAUGGGAGGAAAAUAAUUGUGAAAUAGGAGUAUAAAUGCAAAAAAAAACAAUAAUGAAACAAUUGAAUUCAUGCAAUAGACAAUGAAUAUAAUUAUUCCAGUGUAUUUGCUAAAACAAGAUUGUUUCUGUACCUAUACUACAUAAAAAAUAUAUCGGUAAUGAAGGUUACUAUUCUCCUAA